GUCAAACGGCUGUCCAUUGUGAGGAACGCCGCUGAGGACACAUCUCACAGGACACACAAGGACACAUCGUCUACAGUGCAUUGAGUGAGUGAGUGAGUGUGUGUGUGUGUGUUACGCUCCAAGUGCCAGAAUGAAGUGUGUGCUGUUGGGAAUCAUCGCAGUGUUCGGACUCUUCGCUCUUGCGGAGUCUCUGACCUGUAAUAAGUGUUCAGUGAGUCUGAUUGGAAUCUGUCUGAACCCCUCGUCCAUGACCUGCACCACCAACACGUCUGUGUGCACCACAGCAAGAGCCAGUUUCUCAGGCAUCGCUGGCUUCCUGGGCUUUAACUAUCAGGGCUGUGUAGAGUCGUAUCUGUGUAACACGACCAUCUCCAACUCCAUCCUGGGUGCGAAUUACUCCAUCUCUCAGUCCUGCUGUAGCACAGACAACUGCAACCCCGUCCAGCUGAACGGCGCCUCCUACGUCCAGCUUUCCCUCACUGCGGUCCUGAGCUCCGCCCUGCUCGCCUGCGUCUGGGGCCAGUCCGUCUACUGACCACUGAAAUCCGACUCAUUUAUAACAUCAUUACUCUUACUGAGAUAACAGAGCCGUUGCAAACAAAUGGUGUUUUAAUUGAUAUUUUGAGUAUUUUGUAAUAUUUAAUGCAACUGUACCACUGUAUUAAACUGUUGUUAAGAUAAUAAAUCAACUUACACUGUCGACAGAAUAAUGGGUUUCUAAUCUAUAGGCAACAAAAAAUGGGAGAAUUUUUUGAAAUGGAAAAAUAGGAACAAAAGGAAACGUUCUACUGACUUAAAGUUUACAUGCAUAUUUUUUACAGGUCUUGCUGAAGGGAAAAUACUGUGAUGAAGUGAACGGAUAUGUUUCGAAAUUCACUUCUGAAGUAUGAAAGCUGUGUUUUGAACGCAACUGUACUAGUUUAUUCUUUAUAAUGAAACUACGUUAUAAGCUAUAUUACCUCAUUGCUACUGUACUAUUUUUAAGUUUCCAAUAAACCGUGUAUGAAGAACUAA